AUUGAUGACUGACCAGUCUAUUACUUAACACAUGUAGAAGUCUGAUUAAAGUUUUAUUUAUAAUAUAAAUGUGGUCUAACAAAGUAUGGUCUAAUGCAUUUUGUUACAUUUAAAAAGUAAUAAUAAUAAUUUUCAUUAGAAAUGAAUUUGGCUGAUGAAACACAUCAAAGAAAUUUGAAAGACUUUUUGUUGCUGUAUAACAAACUGACUGAGCAAUGUUUCAAUCACUGUGUUGGAAAUUUUAACAACAAGAAGAUAUCUGGAAAAGAGUAUGAGUGUAUUGAUGUCUGCACAGACCGAUACGUGGGCUUCAACCAAAGAAUCAUGCACAACUUUGUAGAAUACCAAGGUCUCCGCCAGGAAGCUGCUGUGAAGGAGGCGGAGAGAAAAGCAGCAGAGGCAGCAAACAGCCAAUGAGCUGUCUAGUAGUGGUGUGUUAGGACAUGAAAGAAGUGAUUUUGAUUGGAGAGAAAAACAGAAGAGGCAGUAAACAGCCAAUGGCUGUCUAGUACUGUUAAAUCAUGAAACAAGUGAUUGUGCUUGUACAGUUUGAAUGUAAAACAAGUACAUGUCUAUGGCUGUCUGUAUUUGGAAGAUACCUGCUGUCAUGAUGAAAAUGGUGUUUGUGGUUUAAAUAUAUACCUACAGUAUAAUUAAAAUGGUACACCAGCUUAAUUAACA